CGCCAUGGCGGAAGGACGCAGAGAACAGCCGCCUCAUCCUCUCCUCUCCUUACCACCGGCUAGCAAGCGACCCUGCCUUCGCCCCGCUCCCCGAGGUCCCGGUCCGGGGCCCGGCCACGGCAGCGGGUUGCCCGGCUCCCGGUACCGCUCCCCGGAGUCCCUCCUGGACUGCGCCGCGAAGGCAGUAGCGGAAAAGUGGGCCUUCGAGAGAGUGGAGGAGCGCUUCGAGCGGAUCCCGGAGCCCGUCCAGCGCCGCAUCGUCUACUGGUCUUUUCCCCGCAACGAAAAGGAGAUAUGCAUGUACUCUUCGUUUCAGUGCCGCGUCGCCGGCGAGGAGGGUCCGUCCGCGGCCACCGCCGGGUCUGGGGGAGCCGGGUCCGGAGCUGCCACCGCCGGUGGUGGCGGAGGAUCUACCGCCGGUACAGCGGCUACCGUGGGGGCAGCCGGAGCAGUGGGAACGGGAGACGGGCUGCCGUUCCGCCGGGGUAUCAGGCUGCUGGAGACCGGCUGUGUGGAAAACGUUUUACAAGUCGGAUUUCACCUCAGCGGCACAGUAACCGAACCUGCCACGUCGUCGGAGCCAGAGGUCACCCACAAGGUGGCCAUCAGCUUCGACCGCUGCAAGAUCACUUCUGUCACCUGUGGCUGCGGGAACCGAGACAUUUUCUACUGCGCGCAUGUGGUGGCACUCUCUCUUUAUCGGAUUCGCAAGCCCGAACAGGUGAAGCUACGGCUGCCUAUCUCAGAGACUUUGUUCCAGAUGAACAGAGAUCAGCUGCAGAAGCUGGUCCAGUAUCUGAUCACAGCCCACCACACUGAGGUGCUGCCCACUGCUCAGAAACUGGCCGACGAGAUCCUCUCCUCCAACUCCGAGAUCAACCAGGUUCACGGUGCUCCAGACCCGACUGCAGGCGCCAGCAUUGACGAUGACAACUGCUGGCAUUUGGAUGAGGACCAAGUCAGGGAGCAAGUCAAACAGUUUCUGUCGCAGGGAGGGUACUACGGCUCCGGGAAGCAGCUCAACUCCAUGUUCGCUAAGGUCCGCGAGAUGCUACGAAUGCGAGACUCCAACGGUGCCCGGAUGCUGACGCUCAUAACGGAGCAAUUUAUGGCGGACCCCCGGCUGUCGCUAUGGAGACAGCAAGGCACGGGCAUGACAGACAAGUGUCGGCAGCUUUGGGAUGAGCUGGGUGCAUUGUGGGUGUGCGUGGUGCUAAACCCCCACUGUAAGAGCGAGGAGAAGAGCGGCUGGCUGAAGCAGCUGAAGAAGUGGGGGGACAUGGACGUCUGCCCGCUGGAGGACGGCAACUACGGCAGCGAGCUUCCGAACAUCACCAACGCUCUGCCGCAGAGCAACCUCGCACAGGACUCUCUGUCCAGGCCGAGGAGGACGGUGUUCAGUCGGGCCGUCGAGGCCUGCGACCUCCACUGGCAGGACAGCCACCUCCAGAGAAUCAUCAGCAGCGACUACUACAUGUCUCCGUCCUACCAGAGGGAGGGAGAGAGUCUGCUGUUCAACCCACAGGGCCUGCCACUGUGGCUAGAUCACGUCCCAACGGCGUGCGCACGUGUCGACGCCCUGCGUUCCCACGGUUACUCCAGGGAAGCCCUGCGAUUGGCCGUCGCCAUCAUCAACACGCUUCGCCUCCAACAACAGAGACAGAUGGACAUCUACAAACACCAAAAGAAAGAGCUCCUCCAGAGAGGCGUCACCUCCACCACCAACCUGGAAGGCUGGGUGGGUCAUCCCUUGGACCCCAUUGGCUGUCUGUUCGUCACGCUCACAGAAACCUGCCGUGUAGAUGACGACAACACCAUGGACACCGGAGAAGGAGACCCCAGGCCUCCAGUCUACCACCAUGUGCCGGUGUGGGGCAGCCCAGAUGGGGGGGAGUCCUACCUGACUCUGGCCUUGGAGGUGGCUCUGAUGGGUAUGGGCCAGCAGAGGAUAAUGCCUGAGGGACUGUACGCCCAGGAUAAGGUCUGUCGUAAUGAGGAGCAGAUUGUUGCAAAGCUGCAAGAACUGGAGCUGGAUGAUCUCCUGGUUCAGACGCUUCGGAAACAGGCCAUUCAGCUACUAGAAGCUGGUCCGUUCAGCGGUCUGGGUGAGGUCAUCCACAGGGAAAGCGUUCCAAUGCACACCUUCGCCAAGUACCUCUUCUCGGCCCUGCUGCCCCAUGACGCAGACCUGGCUUAUAAGGUGGCUCUCCGCGCCAUGAGGCUGCCGGUGCUGGAGUCGUCGGCCGGCUCCGGAGACGUCGGCCACCCUCAUCACGGCAUCUCCAUCGUUCCAAGCAGAUACCCGCGCUGGUUCACUCUGGGACACCUGGAGUCACAGCAGUGCGAGCUGGCCUCCACCAUGCUCACCGCCGCUAAAGGUGACAUGUUGAGAUUGCGGACGGUGCUGGAAGCCAUCCAGAAAAACAUCCACUCCUCUUCCUUAAUCUUCAAACUGGCCCAGGAUGCCUUUAAGAUAGCCACGCCCGCAGACAGCCCGCCUGAUAUAACCCUGCUCAACGUGGCACUGGAGCUGGGACUGCAGGUGAUGAGGAUGACUCUGUCCACUCUGAACUGGAGGAGGAGAGAGAUGGUCCGCUGGCUGGUAACCUGUGCCACCGAAGUCGGUCUGCGGGCUUUGGUGAGCAUCUUACAGAGCUGGUACACUCUCUUCACACCGACCGAGGCCACCAGCAUCGUGGCGGCCACCGUCAUGUCCCACAACACCAUCCUGCGCCUCAGCCUCGACUACCCCCAGCGGGAGGAGCUGGCCAGCUGUGCGAGGACUCUGGCCCUGCAGUGCGCCAUGAAAGACCCCCAGAACUGCGCCCUGUCGGCUCUGACGCUCUGCGAGAAGGACCACAUCGCCUUCGAGACGGCCUACCAGAUCGUGAUCGACGCAGCGUCGACGGGUAUGACCUACUCGCAGCUGUUUACCAUCGCGAGGUACAUGGAACACAGAGGGUACCCGCUGCGGUCCUUCAAGUUGGCCUCCCUCGCCAUGACACACCUUAACCUGGCCUACAACCAGGACACUCACCCGGCCAUUAAUGACGUGCUCUGGGCCUGCGCGCUCAGCCACUCUCUGGGUAAAAACGAGCUGGCGGCCAUCAUUCCCCUGGUGGUGAAGAGCGUGCACUGCGCCACGGUGCUGUCCGACAUCCUGCGGCGGUGCACCAUGACGGCGCCGGGUCUCGCCGGCAUUCCCGGGAGAAGGAACUCUGGGAAGCUGAUGUCCACGGACAAGGCGCCGCUGAGGCAGCUCCUGGACGCCACGAUCUCAGCAUACAUCAACACCACGCACUCUCGACUGACGCACAUCAGCCCGCGGCACUACGGGGAGUUCAUAGAGUUCCUGAGCAAAGCGCGGGAGACUUUUCUGCUGGCACAGGACGGCCACAUUCAGUUCGCCCAGUUCAUAGACAACCUGAAACAGAUCUACAAGGGCAAGAAGAAACUGAUGAUGUUGGUCAGAGAGCGCUUCGGCUGACCUUAGCCCUCCCUCACAGAGACCCUCUUCCUGGGAAGUAGUUCAACUUAUUUGUUUCUAUUUAAAGUUUUUUUGGGGGAUUCUUUGUAUUUUUACUCCUUAUGUUGAGCCAUUUGUUGACUAAGUCUUAAGUUUUUGUCCUGUUUUGCCGUUUUGUUUCUUGAAUGUGAACCAGGAAGUGUUCGCAGUACAUUGCUCUACUUCACUGAGACUGCAAAAAGGGGGGAAAACGGCUUGAAAAUGUCAAAGAAGCAACAAGAAAAACAAAGCAUUUUCCCUCCAACUAAUGCUAAAAAUCUAGUAUGGAAAAAGUCAAAAAGAUUGUGAAGACAAAAGUCAAUGGAGCUUUUGUUUUUUUUUUCUGUGGCACAUGACGAUAUGAAAACCAAAUGAUGUUGUUGGAUGGGGUGUGUACUUUGAGCCAGGAGACGCUUUCAGCUGGGGUUAAGAAGAACAAGAGGUGGUUUUCAAAGUGGAAGAAACAUGUCAUUCCAAAAAAGAAACGAACCACUGAGGUCAAAAAAACACGCGUAGUGUUACUGUCAUACCUCGACUGUAUUAUUUGUCAGCUUUAACUUCUCUAUCAGAAAUGGCCUCUUGUUUCAUUCAGGGCAUCUUAGAGUAGAGAGGGCAGAAUACAGAACUACACAUGUGUGGUCUCUUUGUAGAAGAAGUCAGUACCGGCACACCUGACACCAUUUACCUGCUGGUUUCCUCAGAAUCGCUUCAGAGGACGAACCACAAGGCUUGUUUUCCAAUCCAGAAGCAUGAGAGUGACGUUACUUAGGCUGCUCUAGCUGAAGUAGAGUAGUUGAGCCUCCAUGUGCAUAUAUAUAUAUAAAUAUAUAUACACACAGUAUAUCUCUCAUGUCCUCCUAUAGGCUUAUUAACGGUGACAAAACUAAACUGUGAUGAACGCUGGGGUCACAGUAUUCCCAUCUCCACUGCUGUUCAGCUACUUGUGGCCAAAACGCUUUUUAAUGUGCGAGACCCCAGCGGUCACUUUCCACUCGCUAGAUCAAGAUUUAGUCAACAAGCAAUAUAAAUCAAGCCUCUGCUUCAUGUUUAUCACUUAGCGGCAUUAAGUUCGCCUGAUGUUUUCUGCUAGAACGUUUUGGAACCUGUUGGGACGUUGUUGAGUUCAUUGACUGCCUGUCGCUAAAAUCCCUUUUCCAUCACAAGAAGCUUAGAAACUUUCUCGCUGUAGUCCGACUCUCCAGAUGUAGGUAUAAGCCCACCACUGGCCAUGCGUUUAAUUUCUUAUUCUCCUCCUCAUGCUAGCUACAGCAAGUGAAAACAUGAUCUUGUACCUCACGACGGGGUAAAGUUUCUUGCUUUUAUAGCUUUCAAAGAACACGGAUGACUUGUCUCGCAUCAAAACCAGUCAAAAGUAAUGUUUGUUCUAUGCAUUUAUAGCCAAAUUAGGCAGCUUAGUAUCUUUGUUUUGACAGUCUGAAACUUUGCCAUUGGGUUAAACCACUUAGUUUUCAGCUUCAGACUUUAUGCUACUUUAUGCAACUUUGAAUGUGGCAUUUUUAGUUUAUUCUGCUGCCCCAAAAGUUCACUUUUUCUAGUUGUUUAGAAAUAUAAAGCCCGCAAAUUUACUGUUUUGCCUCAAACCGCAAAAAGUUAGCUUAACAGUUUGCCAGUGAAAACAGUUGAAGUUUUAGCUUCUUAAGGGUCACAUAUUUUUCUAAAGAGUCAAUAGAGACAAUACUAGCGCUAAUAUGAGAUUAGAAAAUGCUAGGUGGCCCAAAAAACAUACUCAAAUGAAUGCUAAUAUUGCUAUAUAAACUAGCAACUGUGUGCUAACAUGUUAGCUAAACCAACUUUAUAUGUCAAUGUUGGGUAUUUAGCUUAUUCUGCUUUAC